ACUGAGUAAUCAUUUUGCUUUCUUGCUUUACACACAUUCCUCUGACGUUGUGUUUAGUUGGGAGGGAGGACGAAAGAGAGGGAGCUAAACUGGCUGUGUGGUAUGUGUAUAUAUGAGUGUUGGAGAGGGAGAGAGAGAGUACACAAGAGAGCUGGUUUGACCAGAAACAGAACUGCCCGUGACAGAUUAAGAGACAAGGGAGACUUGGAAUCCGAGUCCAGGCAAAGGAGAGUGGAAAUUUACAGCUGCUCCGUGAGUGUGCAAGUGAUCAUUCUCUGCUAACAUUUUCCAUUGGUAACAGUUGAUCUUCAAAAACACAAAAUCAAGACUGUAUCGUGGACCUGCUUUUCUCUGCCACGUGUCAGCAAUAAAAGACAACAUCUAUUAAAUGGAAGAUAAAGACUGCUCCGUCUAAGGGACUUUGGGACUUGGAGAGAGCUGUCUUCAGCACCUCACCAUGUGGCUCUUAGUUUUUGCUUAAGCCCGGAUGUACCUCUGAGGCUGGCAUUCCAUAGAUAAUUAGAAGAACCGUGAGUGAAUGAAAAAAAAUGCCUCUGUUUAGUAAAUCACACAAAAAUCCAGCAGAAAUUGUGAAAACUCUGAAAGACAACUUGGCUAUAUUGGAAAAGCAGGAAAAAAAGACAGACAAGGCUUCCGAAGAAGUAUCUAAGUCACUGCAAGCAAUGAAGGAAAUUCUUUGUGGUACAAAUGAUAAGGAACCACCCACAGAAGCUGUGGCUCAGUUAGCCCAAGAACUGUAUACUAGUGGACUGCUUGUAACCCUGAUAGCUGACCUGCAGCUGAUAGACUUUGAGGGGAAAAAAGAUGUAACCCAGAUAUUUAACAACAUAUUGAGAAGACAAAUAGGCACUCGAAGUCCUACAGUGGAAUACAUUAGUGCACAUCCUCAUAUCUUAUUUAUGCUUCUUAAAGGGUAUGAAGCACCACAGGUUGCCUUACGUUGUGGAAUUAUGCUGAGAGAGUGUAUCCGAUAUGAGCCACUUGCCAAAAUUGUCCUGUUUUCCAGUCAGUUCAGAGAAUUUUUCAAGUAUGUCGAACUCUCCACAUUUGACAUUGCUUCAGAUGCCUUUGCUACGUUUAAGGACUUAUUAACAAGACACAAAGUGUUGGUGGCAGAAUUCUUAGAACAAAAUUAUGACACUAUUUUUGAUGACUAUGAAAAGUUGCUUCUAUCUGAGAAUUACGUGACUAAGAGACAAUCUUUAAAGGUCUUUGUGGCUAGCCCUCACAAAACCCAGCCAAUUGUGGAGAUUCUGCUAAAAAAUCAACCAAAGCUGAUUGAGUUUCUGAGCACCUUCCAAAAAGAAAGGACGGAUGAUGAACAGUUCACCGAUGAGAAGAAUUAUUUGAUUAAACAAAUCCGAGACUUGAAAAAAACAGCCCCUUGAAGAUUUUACCUAAUUUUCCGCCAUAGGCAUUAAUCCUAUUUGUUCAGUUUAUAUGUGUCAUUUAAAAAAAAAAUAGUGCUUGGGAAGGCAUGCACAGGUGCCUAUUUUAAUUCAUUGUUCAGAUAAAUGGAAUAUAAAACUUUUAAAAUGAAAAAGUUAAAAAAAAACUAGAAUAAUAUAUUAUUUUUAAUCAAGUCUGUGAUUAUUUAUGUAAAUUUAGCAAAUCUCUGCAUUAGAAACUGACCAGUUUUUAUCCAUGUAUUUGCAUCCACUUAUUCUUGCUUUUACUACCAGCAGACUUGAGCUAUUGUUUACUGUAACUGCACCAAGUAACAGCUCGGAUGAUUGCAAUGAUUUUUCUUUGUACUUGUAGUCCUCAAUGCUGUGUACAUACACACAUCUGGCCAUGGUAAAAGAGUUUGAGCUCUUUAGCCAGGUUUGCUUGGGUCAAAAGAAUUUCUUAAGUCACAAGAGUGUAAAUUCAGAAGCUGAUCACUUUACCUAUUUUUGUUAUUCAUACUUUGUUUCUUUCCUAAUGGCCUUUGGUUGAUUCUAAAUGAAUAGUUCCUAAGUGUUUGGGAAAAUUAAUAUUCUUUUGCCAUAGUUGAGACUUGUGCUUUGUUCAGGACUAUCUCUUAACCUCCAACACAAGGUUGAGCUGCUUCUGACUCUAGUCUGAUGAUCUCCAGAGCAGCCCAGCUAUCCUGGGGAGAAUGUGGGACCAACCUCAGCAAGGUGGGCUUCAGUGUGGUCCAGAGCCACUGCUGGGAAGCCUGCAAUCUGUCCUUUAGUCCCAGGGGUACUUUAAGCAGAUGCUCGAGAGCAAUUAAUCUAGAGUCCAAAGAGGCAGCAUUGCUGCUCUUGUCACACCGACUUAAGGCAGGGUACACGUUUUUGUACGUCAUGUUUUGUGGCUGCUGUUCUUGGGCCUCUGAAGUCAAAGUCAUUGCACGGGGAAACUUGAUGCAAAGGCUUGGGUCCCGAGGUUGCACGGGUGUUGGGUCACUCAUUUUCAUAAGGAAAUAUAGAAGUAGAGAAGGGGAAAAAUAAAAGAUAAGAAAAGCUAUCUGGCAGGUGGCUAUGGACAUCUUCCCCUAGUACAACAGGAAGCUGUUACUCAUAAUUCUACAGCAAAUUCUUUAGCAAAAGGAUAGAAGAAAACCUGUGAGAUUCUGUGGUCCAAUAUACUGUUGCAUAUUAGGGUAAUUAAGGAUUUAAUUUAUGCUCUUUAGAAAAGGCAUGGACCCUAACAGGUCAUGGUUUAUUUUCAGAUGUCAGUUGUAUAAAAAUGAUGUAUAUCUUAGCACUCUUGAAUUUUAAAGCUCUAUUUACAAGCUAUUAAAGGCAUGGUUACUAAUGUG